CGGAUGUGCGGGCAGACGACGCUGUGGAACCCGGGCUGCGACCACGCUGGCAUCGCCACGCAGGUGGUGGUGGAGAGGAAGCUGCAGAGGGAGCGAGGAUUGGGGAGGCUGCAGAUGGGCAGGGAGCGAUUCCUGCACGAGGUCUGGGCAUGGAAGGAGGAGAAGGGCGACCGCAUCUACCAGCAGCUGCGCCGCCUGGGAGCCUCCAUGGACUGGGACCGAGCCUGCUUCACCAUGGACCCGGUGUGUGGGGCGCUAUGGGGUGCU